GCCGAACAGCGCGUCGUCGAUCGGCAGACAUUUGUUAGGUUAGAAUACAAUAUUAUUUCAUUCCGCUUUCUACGGUUCGUUCGGCAAAGGAAUAAACCGUCAAUUUGUGUUUGGACUGUUGUACCUGAACGUACAACGAAGCUAAUUUGUUUGUUCAUUUUUCAAACCAAAUUUUUCUCAUUUAAAUAAAAAUUCUAAAACAUUAAAAAUGGUAAGUAUAAUUAUUUAUCAACUAGUUAAAUAAUGUCCGUAGAUUUCACUGUGGACUUUUUGGUGUAUACUCUGCCAAUGUUUUUGAUCCAAAACAGUUUACUGUUAGGUUAGGUUAAGUGUUUAACCGAAUGGGAUUUCGGAAUUAAUUCGACAAUUUAUUAAUUACUAAGCACGUCGACCAAUAGAUUCAAAAUUUUAAUAGGGUAGCAAACUACAAAAUGUAGGUUGACCAAAAACUUUACAAUAUACGAAAUAGGUACUACCCAAUAGUUAUUUCAAUCAAAUUUUAUGUGUGUUGUUAAAUACCCUACAAUGAUUUGGUAUGUGAAGAAUAGAGUGACAUUCGUUUUUUACUAACUAAUCAAUGAUAUUAAAUAUUAAAAUAUUAAAGUAAUUUAGGGAGGUAGAUAUUUUUUUUUUGUUUAUCUUGAAAAUUAUUACUAGGUACCUACUUAUUAUUUUGUUUGCAAAUUCUUUCUAAUACAAUUUUUACUCUAAAUAAAUUGAAUAAGUAUAAGUUAUUUAGUCAUCGCCUAUUUUGGUUCAGUAAAUUUAUUUUAUUUUUUUUUUUUGUGUAUGUGUACAAACAUUCAAUUAUUGCUUAAUAUUCUAUGAAUAAUAAUAAAGUUCUAUAAGUAUAUUAUUUACUAUACCUAUAGAUAUAUUGAAAUGAGAAUAAAAAUUACUUGUAUAAGAAAAUAAGUAUACAAUUUUAAAUAAUAUUUAUUUUUAUAUAUACCUACAAUUUAGGGUAUAUUCUUUUAUUUAAGUUGCAUAACAAUAUUAUAUUUAAUUAUUUUUUCUUAAAAUUAAAUUACGGUUAAUGUAUCAAAAUUGAAAAUAUAGUAAUUGCUAUAAUAUUAAGUGCACAUUUGUGUGUAUUUAUUUUUAAUUAAACUGAAUAUUAUUGAUUUUUUUUAUCAUUAUUUAUGAUUUAUUAUAUGUAUUUCUUUAAUUAUUUUGUUUUCAUUUUUAUAUUUUAUAAUAUUUUUUUUAAACUUUAUCCAUCCAGCAACCCUGGUUUUAAAAUAACAUUUACUUUUUGCAACUAUAUAUGAAUAAAUCUGUUUUAAAGUGGCUGCAAUAAUAAUAAAUUUGUAUAAAUUGAAAUUGGGAAAAAUGUAGGUUAUUAUAAAUUAUACUAAAUGUUUAUUUCAAGUAAUAAUUAUUAUAAUAUGAUAUUUUAAUAAUUCUUUAGUACUUAACCUAUUUUAUCAUCAUUGAACUUAUAUGAUAUUAAUUUUAAAUUUCAAGGAACAAAAUAUUAUUACUUGUAAAAUUUGUUGAAUAUAAAUCAAAUCGUUUAAUAUCUAUUAAGUUAUUUCAUUUUUGUAAAUAUUUAAACAAUGAUUAUAGCGUGAAUGUAUUUCUGUACAUAUUGGUCAAGCUGGAGUCCAGAUUGGUAAUGCCUGCUGGGAAUUAUAUUGUUUGGAACAUGGUAUUGCACCUGAUGGUCAAAUGCCAUCUGACAAGACAAUUGGAUGUGGAGAUGACAGUUUCAACACUUUCUUCAGUGAAACUGGGUCUGGAAAACACGUGCCCAGGGCAGUUUUUGUUGAUCUUGAACCAACUGUCGUAGGUAAGUAAUUGUAUUUUAAUUAAAAAUCAUAAAAACGUUCGGAGUAACAUUUUUUAUAAAUGUUUUUCUUACUUCCGUAAUACUCAAGAUCUAAUAGACCCAAAACAAUGAUUAAUUCACCAAAUUAAAGACUAUAUUAAUUACUUUGCUUUCACAGAAAGGUUUUUUGAUCUCUAUUUCCUAGAUAAUUUAUUUGUACUUAAUAAAAAAAAAUGUUUAAUGUUAAGUACAAAUUUCUUUUAUCUUAAUAGGAAAUUUGUUUAAUGAUUUUAUUACAAUAAUACUAAUAAUAUAUUUUUAUUUUGCAAUAAAAAAUAAUACAUCAUAAAUAUAACAUAAAGUUAAGCUGUAAAAUCCAACUAAAAAGCAGAGCUUAUAAAUGAUUGGGUUUAUUUAGUAUCUAACUAACCAUGAAAAAGUAAAAAUAAUAUAACCUGUAAUAAAAUAACACUGAAGUUGUUACAUUUUAGUUUUGACCUAGUACUAGUUACCUAGUACCUAGUUAACAUACAAGGUUUGCCCGGAAAGUAAUGAGCCUAAUUAUUUUGUGACUUGAUCAUGCAAUGCAGAACGGUGAAACCGAUUAGGAAGAGUGAGGGGUGCCUUUAGCUAUUCAGAGAUGCCACAGUUAGUCACCUCCAAGCUCUUGGAGAGUUGGACUUUUACGUAAACCUCUGUGCAGUGGAAAAUUAUUUAGAAUAAUGUUAUGCGGUGAAAUUUUGUGUCAAGCUCAACAAGAUGCCCAAAGGAAACAUGAGAUAUGCUUAAUAAAAUAGCCUUUGGGGAUGCUUCCAUGUCCUAUUUGCAGACAAAAAAGUAGCACAAGUCGUUCAGGGAAGGUCAGGAAUAUGUCAACAUGUCACGAGGCCCUUUUUAGACGCCCAUCAAAAUCGUGAAUGGACAAACACCUCGCCCAUGUGCGCGAAUUGUUGAACACAGACCAAUAAAUGAGUGUUCGUAUGAUGUUGGGAUUAUUAAAUUUUUAAGGAAGUACUUCAAAGGCUGAAUCACAGAGUCACCCGCGUCUCAAAAGAAAUCCAAGCGUCAUGGAGACUGCAUCAUGACAAUGCGCUGUCUCACAUAACCUUUUUCACCUCCUACUUGACUCAGAUUGGUGUCGAAACGAUUCCCCAGCCACCCUACUGUCUAGACUCAGCCCCAGUGGACUUCUUUUUAUUUCCUUGACUAAAAAGGGAGCUUAAAGGACAUCAUCUUGGCUCCCUGGAGAAUGUCCAAGCUACUACAUUACUGAACAAUAUUUCGGCAGAGGAGUUCCAGGGAGCUUAUACAUCAUGGGAAUCACGUAGGCAAAAAUGUAUUGAAGCGAAAGGGUCUUAUUUGAAAAAUAUUAAGUUUUAGUACUUGUAUAUUCAAUAAAUUUUGUAAUAAAAAAUCAGGUUCAUUACUUUCCGGACAAACCCUGUAUUUAUACAAAAACCAAAUUGAUUGUUAUUGAAAAAUGUGUGUUUUUUUAAAAAUUACAAUUUUAUUAUUUUUGUACUAACACUUGUUACACUUUUGGAAAAUUGUUGAUAAAGUUAAUGUGAGAAAAAUUGCUGGAAAAUUGCUAUCCCCGAUGUAUAAAGUGGUUUUAAUAAUAGUUUCUUUGAAAGAAGAAUAGUUACCAGUUCUGAGAGAAAAAUUAAAAAUUAUUGAUAAUGGUAUAGAUAUGGUAUUUACGUAACAUAUGAAAAAUAUCCCUGUGAAAGUGUAUUAAAUGAUGUCUUCAAAUAAUUCUUGUUUUUUGUUAUUUAAAUUUUGAGUAUUAUGGAAGUAUGAAAACCCAUUUUCUUUACAUAUUGUUUGUUUGUUAGAUAGAUAACAAAUGUCCUUCUUAAUGAUUUAAUUUAUGUAUUCAAUAUAGACGAGGUAAGAACUGGAACAUACCGUCAAUUGUUCCACCCUGAACAAUUGAUAACCGGUAAAGAAGAUGCUGCUAACAAUUAUGCACGUGGACAUUAUACUAUUGGAAAAGAGAUUGUUGAUAUUGUUUUGGACAGAGUGAGGAAAUUGGCUGACCAAUGUACUGGUCUUCAAGGUUUCUUGAUUUUCCACUCCUUUGGAGGUGGUACUGGAUCCGGAUUCACAUCCCUGUUGAUGGAAAGACUCAGUGUUGACUAUGGAAAAAAGAGUAAAUUAGAAUUUGCAAUCUACCCAGCCCCUCAAGUGUCUACUGCUGUGGUAGAACCCUACAACUCUAUUCUGACUACACACACUACUCUUGAACACAGUGAUUGUGCCUUUAUGGUGGACAAUGAAGCUAUCUAUGACAUUUGUCGCCGGAAUCUUGACAUUGAACGUCCAACUUACACUAACUUGAACCGUCUCAUUGGCCAAAUCGUCUCAUCGAUCACAGCUUCACUUCGUUUUGAUGGUGCCCUCAAUGUUGACUUGACCGAAUUCCAGACUAACUUGGUCCCAUAUCCGCGUAUACAUUUUCCUUUGGUUACUUAUGCACCAGUUAUUUCUGCCGAAAAGGCCUACCAUGAACAAUUGUCAGUAUCUGAAAUCACCAAUGCUUGUUUCGAACCAGCUAACCAGAUGGUAAAAUGUGACCCACGCCAUGGCAAAUAUAUGGCUUGUUGCAUGUUGUAUCGAGGUGAUGUUGUACCAAAGGAUGUCAAUGCUGCCAUUGCUGCCAUUAAGAACAAGAGAACCAUUCAAUUUGUGGACUGGUGCCCAACUGGAUUUAAAGUUGGUAUCAAUUAUCAACCACCAACUGCGGUUCCUGGUGGUGACUUGGCUAAAGUACAACGCGCUGUCUGUAUGUUGUCUAAUACCACUGCCAUUGCUGAAGCUUGGGCUAGGUUGGACCACAAGUUUGACUUGAUGUAUGCCAAACGUGCAUUUGUUCAUUGGUAUGUUGGAGAAGGUAUGGAAGAAGGAGAGUUCUCAGAAGCUCGUGAAGACUUGGCUGCUUUGGAAAAGGAUUAUGAAGAAGUCGGCAUGGACUCUGUUGAAGGAGAAGGUGAAGGUGGUGAUGAAUACUAAACACAGCAAUGUUUAAACAAAUCUUGUUCAAUUUUAAAUUUUCAAAAUUAAAUAGUUAACCUUUUUAUUUUUAUACUAUCAUUUAUAGACAUUUUUAUUUUUAAAAUAAAGCUACUGCAGAUGAAAUAGUUAUUUUUAUUCCUUGUGCAAAUAUUAUGAAAAAUCUUUUUCUAUUAUUUAUGAUAUAAUUAAUUCCAUUAUAUUGAUAUAUCUAAUUCAUGUGCUAUAAUGUAUAUGUAUAUAUAAAAAAAAA